AUGAUAGUAAUCGAUGGUUCGAGAUCCUGAAUGGCUUUGCUCAAAACCGUUUGCAACGGUGCAGGUGCAUCCAUUCUUUGUGUUCUCUCCAAUCCUAAUCUUCUGAAUUCCUCUUGACCGUUUUAUUCUCAUUUUUUAUCGAUUUCUCUGAGGCAUACUUAUCGGAUGAUAUAUUUGAUCAUUAUUCUUUUUGAAUACUGCUAAUACUUCUAUUACUAUGGUACUUGAAAUGAUAAUAACAUCUCUGUGCCAAUGGAGUACGGCAACUUGAACUGAUGUUCGUACGUACGAAGUUCUACGUUGAUUGACUGACCCACUUCUCUCAAACCAAAAAAUUCUUGUAUCAUAUGCACACAUUUCAUAUUGCAUUCGACUAAUAUCUUUGAUUUCCUUGAGCAUUUUAUUAUCUUAUUCUAUCGUUAGUUCAACUUUUGGCAUAGAUACGGCUUAGUUUAGCCCCUUGAUAACAUUUCCUGAUAUGUAAAACCCUAACUUUUUCCGAUUACACAAUUACACGCCACCCCUUAAAUUACCAGUUCCAGCCGUAAUUAAUGAAUCUUUCAAACGUGCCAAAAGAACUAUCUCAUUUGAACGUGUUCUUAAGAUGUGCUUCGGACCAUUCUGCAAAAGAUCCCGCGAUCACAUACUACUGUCUGUUGCAUGCAAUUCAAAAAGGUUUAAGUGUGAGUCAAAAAUCACCCCCUACCAAAGCAUUUUUGACAUCUCUCAUGGAUGAAUUAGAGAAACUAAAGAAGAAUCAUUCAGAUCGUGGUGAAAUUAUGGAUGAAGCAGUUGGGAUUCCUUAUGUUCAAGAAUAUGCUCUCAAACUGUUUAAUUCUGCUUACCAGAGGGAUGUGAAUUCCGACUUUAGACCUGAUACUGUGAAGCUGUUUCUGUCAGCUGCUACGCUCUUAGAUGUCGUUUCUGGAGUUGGAGAAGUGGGUGAUGAUAUUGAAAAAGUUAGAAAGUAUGCCAAAUGGAAAGCCGUUUACAUCAGUAAAUGCUUAAAAUCUGGCGAAGUUCCAGUAGCUGGUCCUAUUCCUAACACUGAGGCUGCUUACGAUCUAAAUAUUUCUGGAUUAACAAAUACAAAUAAUCUCAGUAACGCGACUAAUCCUGAACCUAAUGAAGUUCCUGCCGCCUGCACCUCUGAACAACCACCACCUAGUUGUGAUCCAUCUCCAUCUGAUCAGAAUAUUACUACAAAGCAGUGGGUGGACGCCGAAAAAAAAAUCCGAUUUGCACUAACUGCAUCAAAUUAUCAGGAUAGAGAAACAACUGUGAAACACCUGAUUGAAGCCUUAAAAUUACUGGGAGUUGAUGUCUAAAUUUUGAGGUGGCGUUUUAACUGUUACUUUGAAGUGCAAAAAUGUAUUUUACACUUAUUAUAACAUUGUCUUUUUUACGUGAUUGUUUUUGAGAAUUUAUUCAUUGCCGGGAUUUUAAUAAAGUAAGCUAAAUAUGGUAGCUGCAAGAA